ACUAUAAUAUGAUAAUAAAAAAAUAAGUAUUUGUACAGAAAGCAAAACUGAUGCAAAGAUUAAAGCAAAACUGAUACAAAGAUUAAUGCAAUAUAUACACGUGAUUGAGGGAAAAUUAUUUAAAAUAUAUGAACUAAUUUUUAUUUACUAAAAAAAUAUAUGAACUAUUAAGAUUUUUCAGUUAAUACAUGAACUAAUUUUAGUUGUCUAUAUUAAAUACAUAUAUUUUUAAAAUUAGGAAGUUUUACACUUCGAUUUUUUUACGAAUUCAACUAUGUUUAACAGAGAGGUAAAACAAUGUUAAGUGUUGUUGUUAACUGAAGAUGUGAUUACGUUGUGAAAGCACGGUUACCCUUUUAGCAAAUAGAAAUUAGUUUAUGUAUUUCUUUUCUAAAAGUUCCCCAAAGUUAAUUCAAACAACAAAGUGAUAAACCAAAGAGAUAAACCAGAGAUAGAGAAUGCUGAUAAAGAACAUAAUUCCCACAAAUUUAAUGGUGGCUUUAACUGACUUGCACCAUUUUACAAGGAUCUGAGAAUACAAGAACAUUAUCAGAACCUUUGAGACCACUAAAAGUCAGAUCGUAAUAUUUAAGCAGAUACAUCUAGAAAAUUUAAUAAAUUAACACAUAAUCUAAACCUAAUUAAAUACAUUAUUAUAAAGAUGACAAGCGUAAUUAUUAGCGGUGCACAGUUCAGACGGUCAAAACAAUUCUUGAGCCAUUAAAAAAAGUGAAACUCACAUGGCACGAUAGAGUUGACUUUUCUCAUACAUGCAUAUAAUACACAUGCAUAAAUAUCAGCACAUCAGUUCUCGUAAAUAUCAUUCAGAACGCUUCAACAAUGUCUGGACGCAGGCAAUUUUCUCAUCUCUCACACCAUUUCCAUAUAACGGUAUACAUAAAUUUAUAUUUAUGCAAUAUGAUUUGUUGAAUCUUUGCAGAUUGGAGGGCAAAGUCGUAAUCAUCACGGGCGGAGCAAGCGGGAUUGGAGCUGAGUCCGUCAGGUUAUUCACCAAACACGGCGCCCGAGUCGUUAUAGUUGAUGUACAAGACGAGCUCGGUCAAGAACUUUCUGUUUCCAUCGGAGAAGACAAGGCAAGUUACUAUCAUUGCGAUGUCACAAAUGAGACAGAAGUAGAAAACGCCGUCAAGUACACCGUCGACAAACACGGAAGGCUUGACGUUCUGUUUAGUAACGCCGGCGUUAUAGAGCCGUUUGUGAGCAUUCUUGACCUAAAUCUUGACGCGUUAGACCGAACUAUCGCCGUUAACCUCCGUGGCGCAGCCGCCUUUUUUAAACACGCGGCACGUGCCAUGGUGGAGAAAGGCACGCGUGGCUCCAUCAUUUGCACCACCAGCAUCGCCGCUGAGAUCGCCGGGACGGCACCACACGGAUAUACUGCGUCGAAGCAUGGGCUGUUAGGACUGAUCAAAUCAGCUUCUGGCGGGUUGGGGAAGUACGGGAUAAGAGUAAAUGGCGUUGCUCCGUUUGGGGUGGCCACACCAUUAGUUUGCAACGGAUUCAAUAUGGAGCCAAACGUGGUCGAGGAAAACACGUCAGCGUCGGCGAAUCUGAAGGGAAUUGUGUUGAAAGCUAGCCAUGUGGCAGAGGCUGCUCUGUUUCUAGCAUCGGAUGAGUCGGCUUACGUAAGCGGUCAGAACCUGGCUGUUGACGGCGGUUACACGGUGGUUAAGUCGUAGCUACAACUUGGCCACAUGAUGAUGAGUUUUUUAAAAUUUUAUAAAAUUGUUGUUUAAAAUUAUUUGGGUCAAAAGUUGACUUGGAUACAUGGGGAUUGAAUAGUUUCUGAGGUAAGCAAGUUGCCUUGAAACGUGGGAUGUUGCAUUUUUAUUUGGAAACAUGCAUCCAUGAUCCCAUAAACAUAUUGCAGAUCUCGAGGAUAAUAAACUAAACAACUAUUUUUAUAAGGUUGAUUGUUUUGAUCA